GCACCAGAUCGAGUCCUCGGAGUCUUCCUCAUCUCUGGUGACUUCUGUUUCUCUUAUCGCUCCAUUUCUCCGGUAUCUCCGCACUCAAUCGAUCGUUCAUUCAAUUAACAGACAAUAUGAGUAACCAAGCUGAAUCCUCUGACUCGAAAGGAUCGGGGAAGAAGGACUUCUCUACAGCGAUAUUGGAUCGCAAGAAGGCCCCGAAUCGGUUAGUCGUCGAUGAAGCCGUCAAUGACGAUAACUCCGUGGUCGCGAUGCACCCGGCCACCAUGGAGAAACUGCAGCUUUUCCGCGGCGACACGAUCCUGAUCAAGGGCAAAAAAAGGAAGGAUACAGUGUGUAUUGCUCUUGCUGACGACACAUGUGAAGAGCCAAAGAUCAGGAUGAACAAGGUUAUCAGAUCAAAUCUGAGGGUUCGUCUGGGUGAUGUUGUAUCUGUGCAUCAAUGCCCAGAUGUUAAGUAUGGGAAACGUGCUCACAUACUGCCACUGGAUGACACCAUUGAAGGCAUCACCGGUGAUCUGUUUGAUGCCUACCUGAAACCAUACUUUCUGGAGGCUUACCGCCCAGUGAGGAAAGGAGAUCAUUUCCUUGUGAGGGGAGGGAUGAGGAGUGUAGAGUUUAAGGUAAUUGAAACUGACCCAGGAGAGUACUGUGUGGUUGCUCCAGACACAGAAAUCUUUUGUGAGGGGGAGCCAGUGAGAAGGGAGGAUGAGGAUAGGUUGGAUGAGGUUGGCUAUGAUGAUGUGGGUGGUGUUAGGAAGCAGAUGGCUCAGAUUCGUGAACUGGUGGAGUUGCCAUUAAGACAUCCGCAACUUUUCAAGUCUAUCGGUGUUAAACCGCCCAAAGGAAUUUUGCUUUAUGGACCCCCGGGUUCUGGAAAGACAUUAAUAGCAAGAGCUGUAGCUAAUGAGACAGGUGCUUUCUUCUUUUGUAUAAAUGGACCAGAAAUUAUGUCCAAAUUGGCUGGAGAGAGUGAAAGCAAUCUUAGGAAAGCAUUUGAAGAGGCUGAGAAAAAUGCCCCAUCUAUCAUUUUCAUUGAUGAGAUUGAUUCUAUUGCUCCAAAGAGAGAGAAGACACAUGGUGAAGUGGAAAGGCGGAUUGUUUCACAGCUCUUGACUCUCAUGGAUGGACUGAAGUCUCGGGCCCAUGUUAUUGUAAUUGGGGCUACAAACCGGCCAAACAGCAUUGACCCAGCUUUGAGAAGGUUUGGUAGGUUUGACAGGGAGAUAGAUAUUGGUGUUCCUGAUGAAAUUGGACGCCUUGAAGUUCUUCGCAUUCAUACCAAGAACAUGAAGCUCUCCGAUGAUGUUGAUUUGGAAAGAAUAGCAAAAGAUACUCAUGGUUAUGUUGGUGCUGAUCUCGCUGCUCUUUGCACGGAAGCUGCACUUCAGUGCAUCAGAGAAAAGAUGGAUGUCAUUGAUUUGGAAGAUGAAACUAUUGAUGCAGAGAUACUGAACUCCAUGGCAGUUUCAAACGAGCACUUUCAAACUGCUCUUGGAACAAGCAAUCCAUCUGCACUGCGGGAGACGGUUGUUGAAGUGCCGAAUGUCAGCUGGGAGGACAUUGGAGGGCUUGAGAAUGUCAAGAGAGAACUUCAAGAGACUGUCCAAUAUCCUGUGGAACAUCCAGAGAAGUUUGAGAAAUUUGGCAUGUCACCUUCGAAAGGGGUUCUCUUUUAUGGUCCCCCUGGAUGUGGAAAAACUCUACUGGCUAAGGCAAUUGCUAAUGAGUGUCAAGCCAAUUUCAUUAGUGUUAAAGGACCUGAACUGCUUACCAUGUGGUUUGGUGAGAGUGAAGCCAAUGUUCGUGAAAUUUUUGAUAAGGCCAGGCAAUCUGCACCCUGUGUCCUCUUUUUCGAUGAACUUGACUCUAUUGCUACUCAGAGGGGAAGCAGCGUUGGGGAUGCUGGAGGUGCUGCUGAUCGGGUUCUGAACCAGCUCCUGACAGAAAUGGACGGAAUGUCUGCAAAAAAGACUGUUUUCAUAAUUGGAGCCACUAACAGGCCAGACAUAAUUGACCCAGCACUUCUGCGUCCAGGUCGUCUUGAUCAAUUAAUCUAUAUUCCUCUGCCAGACGAAGACUCCCGUCACCAGAUAUUUAAGGCUUGCCUGAGAAAAUCACCAAUAUCUAAAGAUGUUGAUUUGAGAGCACUUGCCAAAUACACACAGGGAUUUAGUGGAGCUGACAUUACAGAAAUAUGCCAGCGGGCAUGCAAGUAUGCUAUAAGAGAGAAUAUUGAGAAAGAUAUAGAGAGGGAGCGGAGGCGGGGUGAGAAUCCCGACUCCAUGGAUGAGGACGUUGAGGAAGAAGUGUCAGAGAUAAAGGCUGCCCAUUUUGAGGAGUCCAUGAAAUAUGCUCGCAGGAGUGUGAGUGAUGCGGACAUUCGCAAAUAUCAGGCAUUUGCACAGACCUUGCAGCAGUCUCGGGGUUUUGGAACUGAAUUCAGGUUCCCGGAGUCUGGAAGUGGCGGGGCUGCUGGAUCUGAUCCAUUCACGUCUGCUCCCGGUGGGGCUGAUGAAGAUGACCUCUAUGGUUAGACAGUACCAAUUAUCUGCCUCUUUGAUUUUCUGUUUAAGCUACUGAUUGUUGCAUGGAGCUGAGUGCUGGCCCAACUUUGACUUCCUAAUUUCACCUUUCAGAGUUCGCUCUAUGUUACUGUUGAUCCAUAGGUAAUAUCGUGGAUGGAUCAAUACAUGAUGCUGAUCAAUUUGCUGAAUCAUGCAUGCAUGUUGUUUGAGCUUUGUGAUCUGUUCGCUUAUCGAUUGUUUCCAUCACUGAAAUGACUACUUACUUUCAUCCUAUUUUCAGCUAUCUAUUGCUCUUUUGUUUUA